AUGGCUUUGUCUUGUAGAGCUUCCUUCACGGGUGGUUCAACCACUCCAUUUCCUCAAAAACAAACUUCAGAAAGAGUGAAGCCCACUCUCCUGCCAUUUAAACCUAACCUCACUAGUACUCAAAAUUGGAGCAUUGCCCAAAAUCACACAUUGCCUUCCGCUCCCCUAAAAUACUCCAAAACUGUUGAUAUUGAUGAUUUUGACAUUGAGCAUGCACAAAACUUGAAGAUGGUCAAGCAUAUAUUGAGGAAAGAAGGAGAGGAUCCAUUUCAAGGAGUGUUUGAGAACUUCAAGAACAAGGAGGGACGAUUCAAGCAAAAAUUAAGCAGCGACAUCGUGGGCCUAAUGAGUUUAUAUGAAGCUUCACAGCUAAGUAUAAAGGGAGAAGAUGUGCUGGACGAAGCUGGAGAUUAUAGUUAUCGGCUUCUGAGUUCAAGUAUGAGAAAUCUAGAUUAUAAUCAAGCUAGAUUCGUUGGGAAUUCACUGGACCAUCCACAUCACAAAAGCCUGGCAAGUUUCAUGGCCAAAAACUUCUUUAACGAUUGGCAUGAGAAAAAUGGGUGGAUUAAUAUGCUACAAGAACUUGCAAAGAUCGACUUUAUGAUGGUCCAAUCUCAACAUCAACAUGAACUUGUUGAGAUUGCUAAAUGGUGGAAGGACCUCGGUUUGUCUAAGGAAUUGAAGUUUGCAAGAGAUCAACCACUUAAAUGCGACAAAAUCUAUAAGGAGCAUGGGUGGAACCCAGUAGACUCUCUACGAAAAACGUGGGUUAGUUUGUGCAAUGCAUUUCUAGUGGAAGCAAGAUGGUUUGCUUCUGGGAAGUUGCCGAGUGCUGAAGAGUACCUGAAGAAUGGGAUUGUUAGUUCUGGUGUACAUGUGGUGCUCGUUCACAUCUUUUUUUUAUUGGGUCAAGGUAUAAGUAAGGAAAAAGUGGAACUCAUUGACCAUAAUCCAGGCAUAAUAUCAUCCACCGCUACAAUUCUGCGGUUGUGGGAUGACUUGGGAAGUGCCAAGGAUGAAAAUCAGGAUGGAAAUGAUGGAUCAUAUGUGGAAUGCUACAUGAAGGAACACAAAGGAUCAGCGUUCGAAGACGCACAAAAUCGUGUUCUCCACAUGAUUUCUGAGGCAUGGAAACAACUCAAUGAGGAAUGCCUCUCUCCAAAUCCAUUUUCAGCAACUUUCUCUAAGGCUUCUCUUAAUAUUGCAAGAAUGGUCCCUGUGAUGUACAAUUAUGAUGGCAACCAUCGGCUUCCAAAUCUUGAGGAGCAUAUGAAAUCACUUCUUUAUGAAAAUGUGUCUCUGUAA